UUUUUUAAGUCUAUAUAACACAGGAAUGCAGCCACCUAAAUCCCCCCCACCCAUACUCUCUGCAGUACUGAAAAAUGCAAAGCCAACCAGCGUCUUCCAAGCUUAUCACCACUUUCCUUACAUUCUCCUGUCUCUUAUACCAUGGGUUGGGAGCUAAUUGUGCAGCAAAUUCUCCGACGGUGCAACAGACUCAGGUCGGGUUCGGUAACCCGCCAAAAUUCAUGGUGGAAGUGCAUAACAACUGCCCUAUGUGCCCAAUAAUCAACAUCCAUUUGAACUGCGGAAACUUUCCUCAACAUCUGGUGAAUCCCAGGCUGCUCAAAGUGCUACGCUAUGAUGACUGUGUCAUCAAUGGUGGGUUACCGUUGGCACCCUCACAAAAACUGUCCUUCAACUACUCUCAUCAGAAGUUUCUGAUGCACCCUACGACCUGGUAUUUCCAGUGCGAGUGACAUGCCACUACCUACCUGCCUCUUCUUACUAAGUCAACAGUUGUUUUUGUAUUUCCUCUUCUAUUUGUCUUUUGGUCUCUUCCCCUUUUUUUUGUUUUGGUCUCAAUUCUCAGCUGUGUACACAAGAAAGACAGGUGCUGUGUUUAGCAGGAAAGGGAAGAAUUAUGUCCUAACAAAUGCGUUGUAUUUUAUCAAAUGAACUCUCAAUUAAGAUCGAGCAAAAAGCAUAGCACAGGUGACAUGGUCGAUUUGGAACGUAAAAGGAAUUUACAAUUAGAGCUUCCAUACCCACGAGCAGUGCAUUUUCUCGGAGAUGCAAAAAAUAAAUAGAUGGUGCUAGGCCGUUAAAUGAGAGCAGAACCCCAUCCCUCAAAUCCAAUCGAACUGCACGUG